CCCAUGUCUGCCCAAAAAAUACCGAAAAAGCGCACGGCGGCCAAAAAGGAGGACGACGACGACCCCUUCUUCGACGACGAUUCUGAUGACGAGCCCGUCGGCCGCGUCAACAAACCCAGGAAGAAGAGCAACUUCUCGAGCGACGGGCCCAGCCCCAGCAAGUACGACACCGCGCUGCCGCCGCCGCCACGCGACGAGCACAAGCCGCGCUGGGAGCAGGACGAACGACGGGACGCGCCGCCGCCGCGGCCGCGCGCGUCGAUCUUCGCCGAGCCGCCGCGGCCGUCCGCGUUAAGAGGCAGGUCGCCGCCGAAGCGCGAGGCGCCGCCGGCCGCGGGGAGCCCGGCGCCGGCGCCUCGAGGAGGCAACGUCGGCUACGUGCGCACGGGGCCCCAGACGACCGUCGCGGAAAAGCCGCCGCCCGGGAAACCGGCCUUGCGCGCGCCCUGGUCCUGGAAGGAGUCGCGGUCGAAGCCCGGCGAGUUCUAUUGUGUGAACGAGACGACGAAUGAACGGCGCUGGGACGUCAACGAGGCCAUGAAGGCGAAACCGCCGUCGCCGCCGCGGUCGAGGCCCUACCAUCCGCCGGACGAGGCGCCGCGCUCGCGGCCCUAUAACCCUGAUGAGCGCCGCCGCGACGAGGCGCCGCGAUCGCGGCCCUACCACCCGCCCGACGACCGCCGGGACGACCGCCGCCGCGACGACGACCGCCGGGACGACCGAAGGAGAGACGAGCGCGACCGGCCGCCGCCGCGGCGCGACGACUACUACGACCGCCGCGACCGCGACCGAGACGACCGCCGCCGGGACGACCGCGACGACCGCGACGACCGGCGGAGCCGCUACGAUCACGAGAGGAGGGACGAGCCGCCGCCGCGACGGUCGCGAAGCCGGUCACGCGACCGCCAAAAGAAGAAGAAGAAGAAGAAGCGCCGCGACCGCUCAUCCAGCGAAGAAGCCCCGCCGAAAAGAAAAUCUAGAUUCAGCGCCGCGCCGCCCGCGGGCUAUGCACCCCCGCCGCCUUCCAACGAAGCCGCCCAAGCGGCCCAGAUGCCCGACGUCGGGAAGGCCCUCGAGAUGGCGCGGCAGCUGGCUUUGCAGAAGGCGAACGCCGGCAAUGCCUUGAGCCUGCAAGGCAUGCUCGGUGCGAAUCCCGAGCCAGGGAAGGUGUACAGAGCGGUCGUGGAGCGGUGCCAGACCUUCGGCGCCUUCUGCAAGACGGAGCCGGAAGGGUUCACGGGCAUGAUCCACACGUCGGAGUUUGGGAUUCGCGAAUUUCGGCGGUAUGAAGGUCCGCAAGACGUGGAAGCAGUAGUACCUCCCGGUUCUAGAGUUUAUGUGCUCUGCAAGGAGAUCAAGGACGGCAACAAAGUGGCGCUGUCGUUGGACGGGGUGAAUCAAGAAAACGGCACGUAUGAUAUCACGAAGACCAAGAGGUACCAGAACGACAACGCUCGGGAUAAGCCGCCACCGGCCGUUGGGUCCAUCCAUCGCGGCGCGGUCAAAAGGAUCGAGUCCUAUGGGGCCUUUGUGACGCUCGAAGGUUUCAGUGAUGGCAUGGUCCACGUCAGUCAAUUAUCUAGGAGUCAGAGAUUCUACGACGCGCGGGACAUCGAGCAGGCCUUCCCGCUGGGCGGUCCCAUCUUCGUCCAGGUCGUCCAAGUGAAAGAGGGCAAUAGGGUCGAGUUAUCCGCCCAAGAUGUGGAUCAAGCGACGGGCCAGGCCUUGCCACCGCGACACCAGCACCAAGGACCGCGCGGCACGCUGCCGGACGUCGGGGCCGUGCUGAGGGGCCAGGUUAAGCGAUUGGAGGGGUAUGGAGUUUUUGUGGCCUUACCACCACCACAUAACAUGGACGGCCUCGUGCACGUGUCUAGGAUUCACCCCGACGGCGCGCGCUUGAACGACGCGGGCGACGUCGCGCAGUUCGCGCCGGUCGGCGCCGAGGUCUACGUCUUCGUCCAGGGCUACAAGGACGGUGGGAAAUUAGAACUGUCCAUGGCUCGGGUCGACCAGGCGACCGGUCAAUUAAAACCAGAAAUGCCGCGGCCGCCGCCGAUGCCGAGCCACGGCAUGAUCGACCCCUACGCGCCGUCGCACGGCAUGGUCGACCCCUACGCGCAGAUGGCCCAGUUCGCUUGCGGCGUCGAUUCAUCGCGGUGCCUUCGCCUUUUGAGUGUCGCGUCGGCGUUAUCUAUUGAGCACAGGUACGCGUCGGCCUACGCCCAGCCGCCGGGCAUGCCGCCGCCGCCGGGAUCCGUGCCGCCGCCGCCUCCUGGCAGCGUGCCGCCGCCGCCGGGGUCCGUGCCGCCGCCUCCGCCUCCAGGACCACCGCCGCCGGCCAACGUCCUUCCGGAGCCCGAGAUUCCUGGAAUGUAGGCUCUUUUUAACGCAUCGCACCGUUUUACUACACACCAUAUUUACAAUAACUA